UUCCAUUUGCGACAUAAUCAAUGUUAUAAAAUAGAAUGGCUAAUAACGACAAUUAAAACGAUUGCGUUACAAUUCACCGAAAAGAAGAAAGCGGAGAUUUCUGGACCUCACUUUCUGUGUACAGUAGAGCCAUAAAGAAAGUGCUAUCAAUCGUGGCGCGGAAAUUUUGCAAUUCAUAAAUAGAGUAGUUAAAAACGAUCGCAUGACAUCACAUCACGAGAUCCGGUACUGAUACCGAUAUUAAAAUACGGAUAGAGGCAAAACUGCCUUUAAUAUCGUAGUUGAUUUAAACAUGAAAGAAAGCAAUUUUAGUGCAUUGAUGAUAAAAGUGAGAGCAAAAUUAAGAUUUAUACCUAACCUCCGACCAUCCGCUGACUUUUCCGCUGGUCCGAUGGUUACAUGCAUCUCGAUGACCAUGGAUGACCUGCACUCGGACGCUUGUACCCUUUUUGCGCUCUUACGCCGGGACGAAGACAGCCUGAAUGACGCCGGAAAGCAGCUGGUGAAGCAGAACCGGAAGUACGCUUGUUACGUGUUCAUGCACGAAGUCGACGGUUGGACGCCUUUUCACGCUUUUGUUUUGCGAGGCGCGCGCAAAAUGGUGAAACUUUGUCUCAAGGCGGGCGUCGACGUGAAUUUGACUAUGGGAUCUCCAGACGGCGUCCCAGGUGGAUGCUCAGCGCUCCACCUGGCCGCCCACCGCGGUGACGUCAGUAUUAUCAAUGUGUUAAUCUCAAACGGUGCGGAUUUAAAUGUGAGAGACAACAGUAGUAAGACUCCUGUGCUGUACGCUUCCUUGGCUAACAAUAGUCUCGCAGUGCGGAAAUUGCAGCGCGCAGGCGCGGACAUGACAGGAUGUGACGUGAACAGUAAACAAAGUCCGGAUAAUAUGACGUCAUCGCCGACAAAGUGCCUUUUACCCUUCGUAUGCACAGGUGGACGACGGUAGCAUAACGUGAUACCUCAACAAUGUGAUUUAAUCAUAAUCCUUAUCAUCCUCCUCAUCCUCCUCCUCAUCAUCAUUAGCAACAGAAGAAGCUGUAGCAUUAUUAUUAUCAAUUCGAUGCUGCGCAGCUUUCACUAGCAAUGCUAACUAUAGACGAAAUUGAAGUGAACGUGUGUCUUCAUUAAGGACACAAACGUUGUUAUAAUUUGUAGGCUAUUAAUGAUCACAUAUAAAGAGCCGUUUCUAAUUAUUUAAAGCAUUUUUCAUUUAUCCUACGUCUAUAAUUAUAUGCAUACCAAUUUAUUAAAUGAGAAAAAUGAAAUAUUAUUUUCCAAUAUCGCAAAAUUGGAAUUGAUAGGCGGCGAAACCAAUUUUUAAUUUUAAUUUAAAUACAUCUCUUAUAAUCAAAAUUGUAAUGGGUGUAGAUUUAGGAAAAGAUCCGUAAAGUCGGAUAAUGGUUAAUAAUUGUACAUCUGUAAAAUGCGUGUGGGGAAAUAAGUUUUAGCGGAUUUUGUUUCAAAUAUUUUGUAUUUAAAUUCGUAAAUCAUACCUGUCGGACACCACACCCGUUUACAAAUGUACACUCUCAAAUACUUGUUGUUAAAACCUUCAGUCAAGACAGAUAUUGAAAAAGGGAAACACUGUUGUACGGGGAUUGUUAGGAAAGAUUUUACCUUUAUUAAAUUUAUGCCGGACAAUUUGUGCGAAUACUGCAAUUACGUGUUUUAAUGGUAUUUGUUUAAGUAGUAUUUAAUCUUGUUGGGCGACUUUUACAGCUAAAUAAAAGUACGUUUGUCGACUGUAAUAUACGUAUUAUUGUCGCGUUACCGAUCGAAUUUCAUUAUAAUUACAAUAAUACGCUGUACAUUAUAAAUUUUUUUUAAAUUAAUGUGAAAUUCUACAUGUUAGUGCGAGUCGUUUUUCUUCGUACAUUGUGUAUGUAUACAGGUAUUUUGGCGUUUUAAGAAACUAGUAAGAAUCACCGUUCCCACUGUCCUUAUUUGCAUAAAUUGAUUACGCAAUUUCCCCAUUAAUGCCUAGUGGACUCCCCCAUUCUUCUAAAUUGAAUCAAUUUAUAUCCAAAAUUAGGGAUGUCAAGUAUAUUUAUUUCUAUAUUUAGAAUAUUUCUUACAGAAAUUCCUUUAAGCAAACAGCGCAGAACAAGAUGAGACGCCGC